AUGUCGCAGCCCACCCACGAGGAGUCGGCUCUGCCAACGAGCCCUCUGUCUGGUGGCCCCGUGGCCUUGCCCGCCAGCAAGGAUCUGCAACCACUGCCCCCUAUGGACUCCGUCAAUGGUGCGGUGAUCCCGCCGGCCUCAAUCCCCGUCCGCGGUGGCUGUGAUCGCCGGACCGCGCUCGAGCUCGAGGACGGCACCGUGUACCAAGGCUACAACUUUGGUGCCGAGAAGAGCAUUGCCGGUGAAUUGGUCUUCCAAACCGGUAUGGUCGGCUAUCCGGAGUCCAUCACCGACCCCUCCUACCGCGGCCAGAUCCUCGUCAUCACCUUCCCGCUCGUGGGCAACUACGGCGUGCCCGCACAGGACCAGAUGGACGAGCUUCUCAAGACCCUGCCGAAGCAUUUCGAGUCCAGCCAAAUCCAUGUCGCCGGUCUAGUGGUGGCUACCUACGCGGGUGAGGACUACUCGCACUUCCUCGCAAAAUCUUCGCUGGGCCAGUGGCUCAAGGAGCAGGGUGUGCCUGCCAUGCACGGCGUUGACACUCGUGCUCUGACCAAGCGCAUCCGUACGAAGGGUAGCAUGCUGGGCCGCAUGCUUCUUCAGAAGCCCGGCGCCAUCCCUGACGCCCUGGAUGCCGCUACCUGGAAGUCGCACUUUGAGGAAAUUGAGUGGGUGGAUCCAAACACAAAGAAUCUGGUCAACGAGGCCCCGUCUCUUCUCCCCCCCCCGGACAAUGUUGCCCUCAAACACCCCUCGGGUCGUCCCGUUCGCGUCCUGUGCUUGGAUGUCGGUUUGAAAUACAACCAAUUGCGCUGCCUCCUCGCCCGUGGGGUCGAAGUCAUGGUUGUGCCAUGGGACUACGACUUCCCAACCCUUGCUGGAAAGGACUAUGACGGUCUGUUCGUGUCCAACGGCCCUGGUGACCCUGCAACAUUGUCGAUCACCACCAACAACCUAUCCAAAGUCAUGGCAGAAAACCGGGUGCCGGUAUUUGGUAUCUGUCUGGGUCACCAGUUGAUUGCUCGCUCGGUCGGUGCCCAAACUACCAAGAUGAAGUUUGGUAACCGCGGUCACAACAUCCCCUGCACGAGCAUGAUCUCCGGCAAGUGUCAUAUCACCUCUCAGAACCACGGUUUCGCUGUCGAUGCUACCAGCCUGCCCGGAGACUGGGAGGAGCUGUUCGUCAACGCCAACGAUGGCAGCAACGAGGGUAUCCGGCACGUCAGCCGUCCCUACUUCAGUGUUCAGUUCCACCCCGAGAGUACUCCCGGUCCUCGGGAUACCGAGUAUCUCUUCGAUGUCUUCAUCAACACCAUCCAAAAUACCCUGACAUCUUCCGAGGCUCUCAACAAGCCCGUUGCUUUCCCCGGUGGCUUAAAGGCCGACAACAUCAAGGCCGCUCCCAGAGUGUCCGUGAAGAAGGUCCUCGUCUUGGGUAGCGGCGGUCUGAGUAUUGGACAGGCCGGAGAGUUCGAUUACUCUGGCAGUCAAGCCAUCAAGGCCCUGAAGGAAGAAGGCAUCUACACGAUCUUGAUCAAUCCCAACAUUGCCACCAUUCAGACCUCCAAGGGUCUGGCCGAUAAGGUCUAUUUCCUCCCUGUCAAUGCCGACUUUGUCCGCAAGGUGAUCAAGCACGAACGCCCGGAUGCCAUCUACUGUACUUUCGGUGGCCAGACUGCCCUGCAGGUUGGUAUUCAGCUCAAGGAUGAAUUCGAGGACCUGGGUGUCAAGGUCCUAGGUACCCCGAUCGACACAAUCAUCACCACCGAGGAUCGUGAGUUGUUCGCCCGCAGCAUGGAUUCCAUCAAUGAGAAGUGUGCCAAGUCUGCUUCUGCUUCGACUCUGGAGGAAUCGCUCCAAGCGGUUGAGAACAUUGGCUUCCCCGUCAUUGUGCGUGCGGCCUAUGCGCUGGGUGGUCUCGGCAGUGGUUUCGCGGAGAACAUGGACCAACUGAAGGAGCUCUGCACCAAGGCUCUGGCCGUCAGCCCGCAAGUGCUCAUUGAGCGGAGUAUGAAGGGUUGGAAGGAGAUCGAGUACGAGGUCGUGCGCGAUGCUCAGGACAACUGCAUUACGGUUUGCAACAUGGAAAACUUCGAUCCCCUCGGUAUCCAUACCGGUGACUCUAUUGUUGUGGCUCCUUCUCAGACCCUCUCCGACGAGGACUACAAUAUGUUGCGGACGACCGCCGUCAAUGUCAUCCGUCACCUGGGUGUGGUCGGUGAAUGCAACAUCCAGUACGCCCUCAACCCUUUCUCGAAGGAGUACUGCAUCAUUGAGGUCAAUGCUCGACUGUCUCGUUCUUCGGCCCUUGCCUCCAAGGCGACCGGAUAUCCGCUCGCUUUCAUCGCCGCCAAGUUGGGUCUGGGUAUCCCCCUCAACGAGAUCAAGAACUCAGUCACCAAGAGCACCUGCGCCUGCUUCGAACCAUCGCUGGACUACUGCGUGGUGAAGAUCCCCCGCUGGGACUUGAAGAAGUUCACCCGUGUCUCGACCCAGCUGGGCUCGUCCAUGAAGAGUGUCGGUGAAGUCAUGAGCAUUGGUCGAACUUUCGAAGAAGCCAUUCAAAAGGCCAUUCGAUCGGUCGAUUUCCACAACCUUGGUUUUAACGAGACGAACGCUCUCAUGUCCAUCAAGGGCGAGCUGCAGACUCCCUCCGAUCAGCGCCUGUUUGCCAUCGCCAAUGCUAUGGCCGCCGGAUACAGUGUUGAUGACAUCUGGAAGUUGACCAACAUUGACAAGUGGUUCCUUUCGCGUCUCAAGGGUCUCAGCGAUUUCGGCAAGUCUAUGACUGGCUACAAUGCCGCCUCUGUCCCGCUCCCCAUGAUUCGCCAGGCCAAGCAGCUGGGUUUCUCUGACCGUCAGCUCGCCAAGUUCCUGAGCUCCAACGAACUGGCGGUGCGCCGCAUGCGUGUGGAAGCCGGCAUCAUCCCUGUUGUCAAGCAGAUUGAUACCGUUGCGGCCGAGUUCCCGGCAGUGACCAACUACCUGUACCUCACUUACAAUGCCUCCGAGCACGAUCUGACCUUCAACGACCACGGUAUCAUGGUGCUAGGAUCUGGUGUCUACCGCAUUGGUUCUUCGGUCGAAUUUGAUUGGUGUUCUGUGCGCACCAUCCGCACCCUUCGCGAGCAGGGCCACAAGACGAUCAUGGUUAACUACAACCCGGAAACUGUUAGUACCGACUACGACGAGGCUGAUCGUCUCUACUUCGAGAACAUCAACCUGGAGACUGUCCUCGACAUCUACCAGCUCGAGUCUUCCAGCGGUGUGAUCAUGUCUAUGGGUGGUCAGACCCCGAAUAACAUUGCCCUGCCUUUGCACCGGCUCAAUGUCAACAUCUUGGGUACUUCUCCCGAGAUGAUUGAUGGCGCUGAGAAUCGAUACAAGUUUUCCCGCAUGUUGGAUCGCAUCGGUGUGGACCAGCCUGCUUGGAAGGAGCUGACCAGCAUUGAUGAGGCCCGCGAGUUCUGUGACAAGGUCAGCUACCCAGUGCUGGUGCGGCCUUCGUAUGUGCUUUCUGGUGCUGCCAUGAACACUGUCUACUCCGAGCAUGACCUGGAGAGCUACCUCAACCAGGCUGUGGAUGUCUCGCGAGAGCACCCGGUCGUCAUUACCAAGUACAUUGAGAACGCCAAGGAGAUUGAGAUGGAUGCUGUUGCCCGCAAUGGUGUCAUGGUUGGCCACUUCAUCUCGGAGCACGUUGAGAACGCCGGUGUGCAUUCGGGUGAUGCCACUCUCAUCCUGCCCCCGCAGGACUUGAGCCAGGAGACUGUGCGUCGCAUUGUGGAAGCAACCCGCAAGAUCGGUAACGCGCUCAAUGUCACCGGUCCUUACAACAUCCAGUUCAUCGCCAAGGACAACGAUAUCAAGGUCAUUGAGUGCAAUGUCCGUGCCUCCCGGUCCUUCCCCUUCGUAUCCAAGGUCAUGGGCGUUGAUCUGAUCGAGAUGGCUACCAAGGCUAUGAUCGGCAUUCCCUUCCAGGAAUACCCGCCUGUGAACAUCCCCAAGGACUACGUGGGUGUCAAGGUCCCACAGUUUUCCUUCUCACGUCUCUCGGGUGCCGAUCCCGUGCUGGGUGUUGAGAUGGCCUCGACCGGUGAAGUCGCUUCGUUCGGCCGGGACAAGUAUGAAGCAUACCUCAAGGCGCUCUUGUCUACUGGCUUCCGUCUUCCUAAGAAGAACAUCCUGUUCUCCAUUGGUUCCUACAAGGAGAAGCUCGAGAUGUUGCCGUCGAUUCAGAAGCUUUCUGAGAUUGGCUACAGCCUGUUUGCCACUUCCGGAACUGCGGACUUCCUGAAGGAGAACGGCGUGUCUGUCAAGUACCUGGAGAUCUUGCCUGGCCAGGAGGAAGACAUCAAGUCGGAGUACUCGCUCACUCAGCAUCUGUCCAACAACCUGAUUGACCUGUACAUCAACCUGCCGUCCAGCAACCGCUUCCGACGCCCGGCCAACUACAUGUCCAAGGGUUAUCGUACCCGUCGUAUGGCUGUGGACUACCAGACUCCUCUGGUCACCAACGUGAAGAACGCGAAGAUCCUCAUCGAGGCCAUUGCCCGCCACUACCCUCUCCACAUCCAGACUUCCGACUUCCAGACCAGCCACCGUACACUGGUACUGCCAGGUUUGAUCAACAUUGCUGCUUUCGUGCCUGGCCUUGCCACAUCUGGUUCCAAGGACUUUGAGACCGUGACCAAGGCUUCCAUUGCUGCUGGCUUCACCAUGGUUCGUGUGAUGCCGGUCGGCGUUGACUGCUCGGUCACCGAGGCUCGUGAUCUGAAGAUCGCCCAGCAGAACGCGCAGAACUCGUACUGCGACUUCAACUUCUCCGUUGCCGCCACGGCUACUAACUCGGACCAGAUCACCCUGGUGACCGGAGAGGUUGGUUCUCUGUUCAUCCCGUUCAACCACCUGUCGGGCAACAUCAACAAGGUUGCGACCGUCACCAACCACUUCAGUGCCUGGCCGUCGAGCAAGCCCUUGAUUACCGACGCCAAGGGCACCGACCUUGCCUCGAUUCUGCUGUUGGCCAGUCUCCACAGCCGCAACAUUCACGUCAUGAGCGUGUCCACCAAGGAGGACAUUAAUCUCAUUGCCCUGAGCAAGGAGAAGGGCCUCAAGGUGACGUGCGAUGUCUCCAUCUUCUGCCUCUUCCUUUCCCGGAACGACUUCCCGGCCUCUGGCUUCCUGCCUUCGGCCGAGGACCAGAAGGCUCUGUGGGACCACUUGAGCACCAUCGAUGUCUUCUCGAUUGGUAGCAUUCCGUUCCAGCUGGCUGGUAAGGAGGCAUCGCGUGUGGUGGGCAUUGCUGAGUCGCUCCCUCUGCUGUUCACUGCUGUCUCGGAGGGUCGCCUGACCGUGGACGACAUCGUUGCUCGUCUCUACGAUAACCCGAAGAAGAUCUUCGAGCUGCACGACCAGGCCGAUACCUCGCUGGAGAUUGAGGUUGACCGCCCGUAUGUGUUCCAGAGCCCUCAGACUUGGUCUCCAUUCAACGGCAAGACGAUGCGCGGCUCGGUCCAGCGGGUCAUCUUCCAGGGUAAGACUUCUUGUCUCGAUGGCGAGAUCUCGCAAAAUUCCGCCAAAGGUACGGACAUGUCCUCUCACCAGAUCGUUCCCUUGUCUCCGGUGCAGAAGCCCUCGACCCCCAUUCCGCACGCGCGUCCCGACAGCGCCCUUGACCGACAGCUGUCUGUCUCCGGUACUCCUGGCCGUGCUGUUCGCAAGGCCUUGGACACCGCUGUGCCUUCGGUUGGCGAACUGGGUCCCCCGCUGUACCCCCCGAGCUCCCAGGUCUCGUCCUCACUGUGGGAUAUGCUCUCGCGGUCUCCCUUCCGACAGAAGCAUGUGCUGUCUGUGAACCAGUUUACUCGCGCAGACCUACACCUGCUGUUCACUGUCGCCCAGGAGAUGCGUCUUGGUGUGCAGCGCCAUGGUGUGCUUGACAUUCUGAAGGGCCGUGUCUUGUGCACGCUCUUUUACGAGCCUUCGACUCGCACCUCGGCGUCGUUCGAUGCGGCCAUGCAGCGUUUGGGUGGCCGUACCAUCCCGAUCUCGACGGAGCACUCCUCCACCCAGAAGGGUGAGACCCUGCAGGACACCAUCCGCACACUCGGCUGCUACAGUGAUGCCAUCAUUCUGCGCCACCCCAGCGCGAGCAGCACCGAGGUCGCUGCCAAGUUCUCCCAAGUCCCAAUCAUCAACGGCGGCAACGGCUCCGUCGAGCACCCGACUCAGGCCUUCCUGGACCUAUUCACCAUUCGUGAGGAGCUCGGCACUGUUACCGGUCUCACAAUCACCUUCACCGGUGACCUCCGGUACGGCCGCACCGUGCACUCGCUGAUCAAGCUGCUUCAGUUCUACGACGUGCGUGUGCAGCUCGUUGCCCCCAAGGACCUGGCUCUGCCGGAUGAGGUGCGCCAGCAGAUCGUCGCCUCCGGCCAGCUGGUCCUCGAGUCUGAGGAGCUGACUCCGGAAAUCGUGGCCCGCUCUGAUGUUCUGUACUCGACUCGCGUGCAGAAGGAGCGCUUCGCCGACCUGGCUCAGUACGAGCGUCUCAAGAACAGCUUCGUCAUCGACAACGCGCUGCUCAAGCACGCCAAGAGCCACAUGGUGGUUAUGCACCCGCUACCACGCAACGCUGAAGUUGCCGAGGAGGUGGACUUUGAUCAACGGGCGGCCUACUUCCGCCAGAUGCGAUAUGGCCUCUACUGCCGUAUGGCUCUGUUGGCCCUGGUCAUGGCGCCUUAA